AUGUCAAGACGAUCCCGCCUCCCAUCAUCAUUGUAUGCCCCACAAGAAGAGGACUUGGGAUGGUCUUCUUAUACUCCCCGCGACCCGACUGCAGCCGCUCAGCGGGCGCAAAAGUCACAGCCCUCCCGGAGCAACCUCCCUAGACCUGUCUCCAGCAGUAUCCCCCGACCGGCUGCGACAAUAUCUCGACCCGAUCCGAAGCGGCUUGAUAAAGACGAUGGUUCAUAUCCCGACUCGAGUCCAUGGCCUUGGCUUGACCCCGACGAGGAUGACAAUUUUCGACAAGUUGGAAAGAAGAGUAAACAGAAAAAGAAGGCCGGAGGAGGUGGUGGUGGCGGUGCACAGCAGCCCAAGCAGACAAAUAAUGAUGGUGGUGAAGGUUCGCAAAAGGAAGGCGCCGAUGAUGGUGACGACGGCAAAUCCAAUGGCGGCGAUGCCAGCAACGGUCCUGGAGGAGGUCCAGGCAAGUCCGGCAAUGAUGGAGACAAAGGCGACGGUGAUAAAAAGGACGACAAGCUCAAGAAAGAAGCCGUCGACGAUGAUGACAAAAAGAAUGAUGACGAAGAGAAGAAGGCAGAAAAUGCAAAUCAAUCGCCGCUCGACGAAGACUGGAAUCAAGCAACCAGCAAGAUAAGGCAAAAAGCAAAGCGAGGCGAUGUUAUUGGUUCUGUCACCGAAGAUAAGCCUACCCCGCGGUCAUUGGAUGACAAGGCGAAGAGUCAUGGCAACUCGGACAAAUCCAAUGGCCUUGAUGAGGUCAAACUCAACACUGCAACCUCAAUAAACGCCAAUCGCGUCUCUACAGACAACGCGUCCAUCGACAACCGGUCUUCAGGUAACAGCAGGAUUGAAGAGACCAAAUCUUCCGGGGAGCGAACGUUAUCAGAUAGCAAACCUGCCGGAUUUCCCUGGAGCGCUCUUUGGGGCGGCGGUCUCAAAUGGGGAGCGAGCAGCCACAAGGAGCAGCCGAAGACGCAGGUGAAGCAUGAAGACGAGCUUGAAAGCAACCCGUGGUCAAAGUCCAAGAACACCAAAACCUUCCCAGGCUCUUUUGAUGCCGCUGAAGAGACAAAGGAGGAACCUGCUGUAACUGAGCCAAAGUCGGAGAAAAAACGCGACCUGGACGAAAAGGGACAAGAUCGUGAUGAGAAAGCGCGCCGUCAAAAGGACACCAAGGACGACAAGGACGACAAGCAAAACGGCAUUAAUGAAAAGUACUCGGCAAACGAGAAGAAACAAGACAAGGACGAUGAGAAGUACCGGGUCGACAACAUGUAUGCCAAGGGGGUAAAGAAGGAUGAGCGCAAAGAUGAUCACGAUGACGGCUUCGUGGUUUCCACCAAGAAAAGCAAAAAGUCAAAGAACAACACUAGCGCAUGGGAUGUGGAACCAGAUGCAUGGCAAGAGCCAGGAGUGGAACCGAAAAUAGAGCCAAAGCCGGAGCUAACAAAAACCACUGAGCUCGAGCCUGAGGAUGACUUUUUCGAAAGCUUUCCUGCUGUGAAGAAGAAUGAGAAAAGCUCGACUCGGUUGGGACAAUCAUCCUCAAGGCUCGCACCAUUCGCACCCACGCUCAAGAAAGCGAAUCCAGAUCCCUGGGAAGUCUUCGGCGCCAAGAAGAAUAAGGCGAGGGUCGGCGCCGCCGAAGAGCCUAUGGUUAGGACACGGAAGGCCGAUCCGGAACUGUUACCGGCAACACGAUCAUCUCCCAUUCCCGAACCCGAACCUGAGAUUGAGCCAGAAGACGAUGAAAAGCUGGAGCCAAUCUUGCCCUACAAACCGCCAACGAAAAAGGCUUGGUGGGACGAGCCCCCAGCUCCACCGAGCCCCGUGAAGAACAAAAAGAAGAAAGGUAAGUACGAUGUUGCUGACGAACCUCCCAGGGACCCAGAUCCGGAACCGAAGCCCAUAGAAGAGUCCAAAGUUGAGACCGAUUUGCCAGUGGAGGAGGACGAUUUCUGGGGCAACUACAGUAAGACGGUCAAGAAGGACAAGAGGAAGAGCAAGAGAGCUGGACUUUCAGAAGAACCGGCACCGCCGCCACCACCACCGCCGCCACCACCACCGCCGCCGCCUCCUCCGGUAGAACCAGCCGAGACUUUUCCGUGGGAUGAUGUCCCGAUCAAGAAGACCAAGAAGGGGAGAAGGGGACAGACGGAGCCUGAACCACCACCGCCACCGCCAGUCGAACUUGAACCGGUAGCUGAACCGGACCCGGAGCCCGAGCCAGUUUCUGGGCCGCCCCAAUUCCCUGAAUCAGAUGAGGAGGACGAGCACCCCGGCGGCUGGUUUUCCUCUUUUCUUCACAAGACGGAUAAGAAGAAGAUCAGGCAAACAUCUCCCAUGCCUCCACCUCUUGAAGAGCCAGAACCGGAGCCUGAGCCGGUCCAACCAGAACCAGAGCCGGAACCGGAGAAGGAAGAGGACGACCCUUGGGAUUAUCCCAUCUCAAAAAAGGACAAGAGAAAGAAGAAGGGAAAAACCAGUGAGCCCGAACCACCACCGCCACCACCGCCUCCUGAACCCCCAAAGAGAUCCAAAUCAUCAAAGUACGACAAGGAGGAUGAAUACGACUUCUGGAGUGGUUCAACAUCGAAGAAGAACAAGAGGGACAAGAAGGGGCACGCCGAACGUGUGUCAUCUCCUGAGCCGUAUGUCCCUGAGCCAGUGGAAGAGGUCAUCUCUGAGCUGGAGGACCCAGAGCCCGAGUUUGAUGCGGAACCCGAGCCGGAAGCACAACCUGAACCCGCUGCUGUGUCGGAUCGCGAAGACAGACUAUCAGACGACGGAUGGGGCUACUCCAAGAGAGACAAGGACAAGAAGAAGAAGAAGGGCAUUGAACCUGAAGUCAAGUCAAAAAAGGAGUCCAGGUCAAGUCGAAAAACCGAGCCAGAACCCGAGCCCGACUCAAAACGGAAGAAAGCGAAAGACAGCAUCUGGAGCUUGCCUAGUGACCCAAAGAAGGACAAAAAGAAGAGGAGAGGUGAUUUGGAUGAGGACAGCAAGCCGCUGGCUUCACCUGCACCAGACCCGCCUGAUGUCUGGGAUGACGACUAUCAGGACAAGAAGAAGAAAAGCGCCAUCUCGGACGAAUGGGCAAAUUACUCGAACAAGGAUAAGAAGAAGGGCAAAAACGCCAUGGAUGUCCUCAUGGGGCUAAACAAAUCGGGCGAUCCACUAGCUGACUCAGCUCGGCAAUCACCGCCAAGCCCUCCUCACCGUACCGGUGGCUUCUUCGGAUCUUGGGAAACCGACAGUGACCGUGACGACAACCGUAGACACAGAAAGCGGUCCAAAGACAGUUCACAAAAGCCAUACAGCAUCGAGGAGCCUACUUUAGACGACGUCUGGGGCGCUACCAUGCCCGGCAAGCGCAAGAAGAAGGCUAAUGCCGGCACCGACAACGAACCGGUGGAGAUAGUGGAGGACCUUACCCCGGACCCCAUCCAGCCGGACUCUGUGGAGGAGACCAGGGACGACAGAUACAACCAGGAAGACAGCAAACCCGAAAGCAACAGCUAUGGCAGCAGUUUCUGGGGCUGGGGCGGCUUCGCCAAGAGCAGCAGCAAAUCAUCCAACAAGGAGUCAUCGCUUCAUGAUGAGCCAGCACCACCUCCGCCGCCACCUCCAGCGCCAACUCCUCCAUUAGACGAACCGGAGCUCGACAUCUGGGCCGAUGACGAUGACGAACCUCAGCCGGUUGUCAAGGCUGAGAAAGAGGACAAGAAAAAGUCCAAGGACAAGAAGUCUAAGGACAAGGAGCCCAAACUUAGCGAGAAGGAGCUGAAGAAGCUAGAGAAGGAGAAGAAGAAGGCCGAGAAAGAGGAAGCGAGGCGCAGACUCAAGGAAGCCAAGGAGUUGGAGGAAGAACUGAAACGCAAUGCUCGAGAAGCAAAGGAGUUGGAUGAGGCCUUGAGGCGGAAGGCUGAGAGGGAGAGGGAGUUGGAGGAGCAAGCUCAGCGUGAGGCUGAAGAGCAAGCAGCCCGUGAGGAAGAGGAGCAAAGACUGCGAGAGGAAGAAGAGCAGAGGCAACGAGAGGAAGAAGAGCGUCGACUUCAAGAAGAGGAGGAGUGUCGACAACGGGAGGCCGAAGAGCAAGCUCGGAUCGCUGAAGAAGAGGCUCGCAUUGCUGCCGAGGAGCAAGCCCGCAGAGAGGAGGAAAAGAAAGUUGCAAAAGAGAAGGAAAAGCUCGAUGAAGAAGCAGCGGAGCUCGAAACACUUAGGCUCAAGAAGGAGAAAACGCCUCGGAGAUUCACGACAAGAGAGCAGCGCCGGCUCGACAUCCUCGCUAGCAAAUUCGAGGAGAUAGCGCGCAAGCGACAAGAAGAGGAAGAGGAGCGGCAGCGAGCAGAAGAAGAAGCAGCCCGUAUCGCCGAAGAGGAGGCUCGCAUUGCUGCUGAAGAACAAGCUCGGAAAGACGAAGAAGAGAGGAUUGCCAGAGAAAUAGCAGAACUUGAAGAGGAGGAGGCUGAGCUUCAGGCACUCCGGUUCAAGAAGGCAAACUCGCCGAGAAGGUUUACAACAAAGGACCAACAGAGGCUUCAGCAGAUCAUCAAGCAACGCAGAGAGAGGAAACGCCUGAAGCAAGAGGAAGAGGAACGCAAGCAACGAGAGGAGGAAGAGGAGAGGCAACGGCAGGCUGACGAAGAAGCCCGUCUUGCUGCCGAGGAACAGGCGCGGAAGGAUGAGGAGGCCAGGCUUGCUGAAGAAGCGAGGAUCGCAGAGGAGGAAGCUAGGAUUGCGAAGGAGGAAGCACAACUUGCGAAGGAUGAGGCCGAACUUGAAACCCUCACAAACAAGAAAGCAAAAACGCCUCGCCGGUUUACCCUCAUGGACGGACGGAGGCUCGAUGUCGUUACUAAGGAUGUCAACCGGCGACGGGAGGAGAAGGCUGCUCGAGAGGCUGCGAAGAAGGCUGCGGAGGAGGUUCCGCCAGAGGCUGCAGACCAGCCCGGAGACGAAUGGCAAGACGCGGAUGAAGGUCAAGGUGCAAACAACGACGAAGACCCCGAGGCAGCUGCUCUCAGGGAAGCAACAGAGAGGGCAAUCCGCCAAGCCGAGGAGGAGGCCGAAGCCAAACAGGCAAGGAAAGCGAGCAGAACCAAGGGCAAAUCCAAGGCUGAUCCACUCGACGACAUCCAGCUCACUCCCGAGCAGGUUGACGAAUUGCUUGGAGAGUCUUCGAAACGGGACAAAAGUGUUGACAGCCAACCUAAGGAGGAUAAGCCUGAUAACAACAACCACAACAAUGCCGCGCCUGGCGGGUUCAGCCUCUGGGGAGCUGCCAAAAGGGGCAUCUUUGGCUUUGGAGGAGGCGGCGGAUGGGAAGACCACAAUGAGCAGCCUGCUCCGGAACCUGAGCCGUCAGCCGAAGAUGAUAAGGCAGCUGAGUCAUCCAGAAUGGUAGAGGCAGCCAUGGCUGCUGGUGGUGUGAUUGGAGGCGUUCCUCCUGGGCUAUGGGAUGCAACCCCCAAGGCCGUCUCACCGUCGCCUGAACCAACUGCUGAGCCAGUGGUCUACCCCGCCAAGCCCACCAAGUCCAAGAAGGCUGCGGGGAGCAAGAGCAAGAGCAAGAUUGCCGACCGCCUGCGCGUCUUCGAGUCACUUGACGCCGGGGCCGACACACCUGCUGAUGCUGAUGGUGGCCCACCAGCCGCACCGUCGACGCCACCACCACACUUUGGUCGUCCCCCUCCCCCGCCCGCGCCAUAUAUGGUGCGCUCGCCACCGUCACCUGCCAUCUCACCCGUUGUCGCAGUUGCCGUAUCUCCGCCAGCGCAGAGGGAGGAACGACGCAAGUCAUCAAGAAAGAGCAGAGACAAGGACAAUCACGACUAUUACUUAUCGGUCCCUCCACCAUCGCCGCCGCCUGUUGCGCCGUCGGGCGCACCACCUGGGGGUUUCCCCGGCGGAUUUCCGACCGACAACGAUUACCGACCCAGUCGCGACAUGCAUGGUGAUCACCAUGAUAACGACCCCGAUAACCACCGAGAACCUGAACUUGUCGAUUCUGCAGCCGAACGCGCAGCCGAACGAAGAGCAAAGAGACGAUCGAAAAGAAUCUCGCCGGAAGGUGUCGAGUUCGACUUGCCGCCUGCGCCGCCCUCACCCCCACCUCUCGCGCCCGAUGCGCCAAUUGACGACGAAAUGGCAGAGUCAAAAUCGCCUCGAAAGGAGAGGCCCAAGAUAAAUCGCCAAGGCACAGCUUGGGGUAUGGAUGGAAAGAAGCCAUCAUCGAGGCCCAAGGUCGAGCGAGAGCCAAGCGCAAAGAGGAAGACUGCGCACAUCGAGACGCCCGAAAAGCCACCACGGUCCAGAGAUAAGGAAGCGCCAGCACCGACGGCGCCAGCUCCGAUGCAAGCGCGCUUCGCUAGCGUGUUCACCAGCACCCCUCCAUUGUCGCGAUCCAUGUCCCAGCGCGAGAAACGCCUUGGUCCCAACGGCAAGCCCAUCGCACGCAGAUAUUCGGAUAGCACAAAUGCCGUCGCAACCCCUCCUGCCCCUGCUCCUCCGCCAGAUGAUAUCUCAUCGAAGGCGGCAAAGGUCUUAGGCGUCGGUGCCCGCGGUCUCGGAGUUGGCCUUGGCCUUGCGAAUGGAAUCCUUCCCAAUGGCUUUGGGCGAGGGGCUCCUGCUGCACCUGCGCGCAACAAGCAGGACUUGAACGACAACACGCCUGUGUCAGGUGCUAUCGAUCCCGAUUUCAGCCCGACCAAGUCGGAACGACGCAGGGCAAAGGUAUGCGACAGCCCAACAUUCGCCGCGUCGCAAUCGAAUCAGUCAGUUGCUAAUAACAAGUCACAACAGCAAUACAUGUCCGAAGACGACCACGUCAUGUUCGAGAUGCCCGAUGCUGCACCCCCCGCUCGUCCCCCGGUUCGCCGCGUCAGCACCAGCAACGCCAACAAGAAGCCGGGCUUUAGCCUCUUUGGCGUCUUUGGCUCGAAGCAACAGCAAGAACCGCCACCACGCCCCGAACCUCCUCGUCGAAGCCGAACAGUUCCCACAUAUCAGACUACAGAUGAUGAAGGUGGCCGACAGCCCGCAGCCGCAUUCGUCCCCGAGACCGACGCCGAUCGCGAAGCCCGCAGAGCCGCCCGUCGCGCACGCCGUGCAGAGAAAGAGGCAGCCGAGAGAGGCGCCGCCGUACAUUCUGCUGAAGAGGCUCGUCGCCAAAAGGAUGAAGCCCGUCGCGAACGGCGCAGAAAGCAGGAGGAAGAGGAAGAGGCUCGGAGGCUAGAAGAGAAGGAGGCCCGUCGUGCCGAACGAAGAGCCCGUAAGGCCAGAGAGGAAGAGGAUCGUCGUGCGAGAGAAGAGGAAGAACGCCGAGCUGAAGACCAAAGGGAAGCUGAGCGCGCCGAGCGGAGGAGGAUACGAGCCGAACGAGCUGCUGCCGAGGCCGACGCCGGACACCGUGACGUCAAUGGUGGUAGACAAGAUGAGCGACACCGGAGCAGUCGGCGCAUGCCUCCUGAGUCUGACCGUGAGCACGACCGCGACCGCGAAGAUGACGAGGAACGGCGAAGGAGGAGAGAGGCCCGCCGCGCUGCCAAGGCCGCUCAGCUUGCCGCUGAAGCUGCUGCCGAUGAGAUGGACAGGGCCAGGAGGGAGCGAAGGCCGAGGGAAAAGAGCACUGCCAGACCCGAACCGAGAGAUGCGCCGCCAGAUGAAUACGUCUAUCCAACAUCAAGGCAGCAAUCCAAGGCUCGAAAACAUGGGCAAGGACAACAUGAUGGAUGGCCACACUCGGGAACCACGUCCUGGGUCAAGGACCAUGCUGACGCUCCUGCUCCUCCAUCGCCGCCCAGACCUCCAGGUACCUUUGUCGACGACCAUGCCAACGGGCACGCCAAUGGCGGUGCACCACCACCGCCUCCUCCUGUUAUGCGUCACGAGCUAGAUGAGGAAGAGGCUGCUCGGCACGCAAGGAGGGAGAGGAGAGCUCGCAGGGAGCAGAAGUAUCAUGCCGCUCAAGCGGCCGCUGAGGAAGCCGAGCGCGAGCGAGAGCGCGAGAGGGAAAGGGAGGGGGCAUAUGUUAGUGCGCAUGAUGAUGAGAGGAGACGGAGGAGGAGAAGACGCGGAGAUGAAGAACGACCUGAGCGUGCCGAGCGCGAGCGCGAGCGCGAGCGUGACCAUCCUCGUGAGCAAGACCACAGAGAUCGCGACCCCAGAGACCGUCCCGAACGCAGUCAACGCGAACAAGACCAACGCGAGUACUACAGCGCCCGCGACGACAGGGAACAGCUUCCCCGGCCUCGGGAGCGGAAGCGUGGAGAACGGGCGGCCGAUUACGAUGACCGUGACCCCCGGGAUCCUCGCGAAUACCGCGAUUCUCGCGCGGAGAGGGGAGAAAGAGGAGACCACGGCGGGGACCGGACUGGAUCCGGCUCCGGCAGUGAUGGGAGGGAGAACAGGAAGAGUGGUGGUGGUGCUGGGUUUGGGGACCAGAGUACCACGCCGAGGAGUAGUUGGUGGAAGAAGAUUGCUAGGUUUGGCUAG